CUCCCUGCGGACCCGAGCCAUGGAGCUCUCGGAUGUGCACUGCCUUGGCGGCAGCGAGGAACUCUACACCAUCCACCCGACGCCCCCGGCCGGCGACGGCGGGAGCCGCUCUCGGCCGCAGCGACUGCUGUGGCAGACGGCGGUGCGACACAUCACCGAGCAGCGCUUCAUCCACGGGCACCGAGGCGGCGGUGGCGGUGGCGGUGGCUCCCGCAAAGCCUCGAACCCUGCGGGCAGCGGACCCAAUCACCACGCGUCGCAGUUGUCUAGCGACUCGGUGCUGCCUCUCUAUUCUCUGGGCCCCGGAGAGCGAGCGCACAACACCGGUGGCACCAAAGUCUUUCCGGAACGCAGCGGGAGUGGCAGCGGCAGUGGCAGCGGGGGCGGGGGCGACUUGGGUUUCCUGCACCUUGACUGUGCCCCAAGUAACUCGGAUUUCUUCCUCAAUGGGGGAUACAGCUACCGAGGGGUCAUUUUCCCAACCCUACGCAACUCCUUCAAGUCUCGGGAUUUGGAGCGCCUCUACCAACGCUAUUUCCUGGGCCAGAGGCGCAAAUCGGAGGUAGUGAUGAACGUGUUGGAUGUUCUAACCAAACUCACCCUUUUAGUCCUGCACUUGAGCCUGGCCUCGGCUCCCAUGGACCCUCUCAAGGGCAUCCUGCUAGGCUUUUUCACUGGCAUCGAGGUGGUGAUCUGCGCCCUCGUGGUGGUCAGGAAAGACAACACCUCCCACACUUACCUGCAAUACAGCGGCGUGGUCACUUGGGUGGCUAUGACCACCCAGAUUCUGGCAGCAGGCCUGGGCUAUGGGCUUCUGGGCGACGGCAUAGGUUACGUGCUUUUUACACUCUUCGCCACGUACAGCAUGCUUCCGCUGCCUCUCACCUGGGCCAUCUUGGCUGGCCUGGGCACAUCCUUGCUGCAAGUCACCCUUCAAGUAUUCAUACCCAGGCUAGCGGUCUUUUCCAUCAACCAGGUCCUGGCCCAGGUGGUGCUAUUCAUGUGCAUGAAUACAGCAGGAAUCUUCAUCAGUUACCUUUCAGACCGUGCCCAGCGCCAGGCCUUCCUGGAGACCCGGAGGUGUGUGGAGGCCAGGCUCCGCCUGGAGACAGAGAACCAAAGACAGGAGCGGCUUGUGCUGUCUGUGCUCCCCAGGUUUGUCGUCCUAGAAAUGAUCAAUGACAUGACCAAUGUGGAAGACGAGCACCUGCAGCAUCAGUUCCACCGCAUCUACAUCCAUCGCUAUGAGAACGUCAGUAUUCUUUUUGCAGAUGUCAAAGGAUUUACCAACCUCUCUACGACCUUGUCUGCUCAGGAGCUGGUCAGGAUGCUGAACGAGCUGUUUGCCAGAUUUGACCGGCUGGCCCAUGAGCAUCACUGUCUUCGCAUUAAAAUCCUGGGGGACUGCUAUUACUGUGUGUCUGGACUUCCUGAGCCCCGCCAAGACCAUGCUCAUUGUUGUGUUGAAAUGGGCCUCAGCAUGAUCAAAACUAUCAGGUUUGUGAGAUCCAGAACGAAGCAUGAUGUUGACAUGCGAAUUGGAAUCCAUUCAGGCUCUGUCCUGUGUGGUGUGUUAGGCCUGAGGAAGUGGCAGUUUGAUGUCUGGUCUUGGGAUGUGGACAUAGCAAACAAACUUGAAUCAGGAGGAAUCCCUGGGAGAAUUCACAUUUCCAAAGCCACACUGGAUUGCCUCAAUGGUGACUAUAAUGUGGAAGAGGGUCACGGUAAAGAGAGGAAUGAAUUCUUAAGGAAGCAUAAUAUAGAGACCUAUUUGAUUAAGCAGCCUGAGGAAAGUUUGCUAUCCCUGCCUGAAGACAUAGUUAAGGAGUCGGUGAGCUGCUCAGACAUGAGAAACAGUGGGGCAACGUUCACAGAAGGAUCCUGGAGCCCAGAAUUGCCUUUUGACAAUAUUGUGGGCAAACAGAAUACUCUGGCUGCCCUAACAAGAAAUUCAAUAAAUCUGCUUCCAAACCAUCUCGCACAAGCUUUGCAUGUCCAGUCUGGGCCUGAGGAAAUUAACAAGAGAAUAGAGCAUACCAUCGACUUGCGGAGUGGCGAUAAGUUGAGAAGAGAGCAUAUCAAGCCAUUCUCUCUGAUGUUUAAAGACUCCAGCCUGGAGCACAAGUAUUCUCAAAUGAGGGAUGAAGUAUUCAAGUCAAACUUGGUCUGUGCAUUUAUCGUUCUUCUGUUUAUCACUGCGAUUCAAAGUUUGCUUCCUUCUUCAAGGUUGAUGCCUAUGACUAUCCAGUUCUCCAUUCUGAUCAUGCUGCACUCUGCCCUGGUCCUCAUCACCACAGCAGAAGACUAUAAGUGUCUGCCCCUCAUCCUCCGCAAAACAUGCUGUUGGAUUAACGAGACCUACCUGGCCCGCAACGUCAUCAUCUUUGCUUCCAUCUUGAUUAACUUCCUGGGAGCUGUCCUAAAUAUUCUGUGGUGUGAUUUUGACAAGUCGAUACCCUUGAAGAACCUGACUUUCAAUUCCUCAGCUGUGUUUACAGAUAUCUGCUCCUACCCAGAGUACUUUGUCUUCACUGGGGUGUUGGCCAUGGUGACCUGUGCAGUAUUUCUCCGACUUAACUCUGUCCUGAAGCUGGCUGUGUUACUUAUUAUGAUCGCCAUCUACGCCCUGCUGACAGAGACCAUCUAUGCAGGUCUCUUCCUGAGUUAUGACAACCUGAACCACAGUGGAGAGGAUUUCCUGGGGACCAAGGAAGCAUCGCUGCUGCUGAUGGCCAUGUUCCUUCUUGCUGUGUUCUACCAUGGACAGCAGCUGGAGUACACAGCCCGCCUGGAUUUCCUGUGGCGAGUACAGGCCAAAGAGGAGAUCAACGAGAUGAAGGAACUGAGGGAACACAAUGAGAACAUGCUGCGCAAUAUCUUACCCAGCCACGUGGCCCGCCACUUCCUGGAGAAAGACAGAGACAAUGAGGAGCUGUAUUCUCAAUCCUACGAUGCUGUGGGGGUGAUGUUUGCCUCCAUCCCUGGAUUUGCAGACUUCUACUCUCAGACAGAAAUGAACAACCAGGGAGUGGAAUGUCUGCGUUUACUGAAUGAGAUCAUUGCUGACUUUGAUGAGCUGCUCGGGGAGGACCGGUUUCAGGACAUUGAGAAGAUUAAGACCAUUGGUAGCACAUACAUGGCCGUCUCAGGAUUGUCACCAGAGAAACAGCAAUGUGAAGAUAAAUGGGGACAUUUGUGUGCCCUGGCUGACUUCUCUCUUGCCCUGACUGAAAGCAUACAAGAGAUCAACAAGCAUUCCUUCAACAAUUUUGAACUCCGAAUCGGCAUCAGCCACGGCUCUGUGGUAGCAGGUGUAAUUGGCGCUAAGAAACCACAGUAUGACAUUUGGGGGAAAACUGUGAACUUGGCAAGCCGAAUGGACAGCACAGGAGUAAGUGGCCGGAUCCAAGUCCCUGAGGAGACCUAUCUUAUCCUGAAGGACCAGGGCUUUGCCUUUGACUACCGAGGAGAGAUCUAUGUGAAGGGCAUCAGUGAACAAGAAGGGAAAAUCAAAACAUACUUUCUCCUGGGGCGAGUCCAACCCAACCCAUUCAUCUUACCCCCAAGGAGACUUCCCGGGCAAUACUCUCUGGCUGCAGUUGUCCUUGGCCUUGUCCAGUCUCUCAACAGGCAAAGGCAGAAGCAACUACUCAACGAGAACAGCAACUCGGGCAUCAUCAAGAGCCAUUACAAUCGGCGGACUUUGCUAACGCCAAGUGGGCCAGAGCCUGGAGCACAAGCUGAAGGCACUGACAAAUCUGAUUUGCCAUAA